UUUCGAAACCCGAAUCCCAAAACCCUCGUGCGCCGCUCCACCCACUCCGGCAGCGGCCGCCACCCGUCACGAUGAAUCACGGGGACCCAGGACACCGCUGUAGGUGUUCCCAUGGACCGCGGUGUGCCGGUGCGCCGCCCCAGGAAGGCCUCGCGGCGGCGGCCCUGGACAGCCGUGUGCGGCCCCUCCCCAUGGGCGCCGAGGCGGAGUCCAUGCUGCGGCAGAUCGGCGCGUACACGCCCAACCUCGACGCGCACACGGUGACCCUCCUCUCAUGCGUCCACUCCGUCCUCCCUCCUCCGCCCGUCGCCUCCAACCACGCCGCCCUCUCCGCCCUCCUCCCCCCGCCCCAGGACGGCGGCGACGACCGCAUCAGCGGCCUCCCCGACAAGCUCCUCCGCGACAUCGUCUCCCGCCUCCCCGUCAAGGACGGCGCGCGCACCGCCGCGCUCUCCUGCCGCUGGCGCGGCGUCUGGCGCUCCGUGCCGCUCGUCCUCGUCGACUCCGACCUCCUCCCCGUCCAAACCGGCUCGGGCCUGCAGGUCGCGCACGCGGACGCGCAGCGCGUCGCCUCCGCCGUCACCCGCAUCCUCGACGCUCACCCGGGCCCCUUCCGCUCCGUCCACCUCAUCUGCAGCUUCCUGGACAAGUGCCCGGACCUGCUCGCCCGCUGGCUCCAGCUCCUCGCCGUCAAGGGUGUCCAGGAACUCGUCCUCGUCAACCGCCCGUGGCCGCUCAACAUGCGCAUCCCUCCCACCUUCUUCGCCAUGGCAACCCUCACCCGCCUGUACCUUGGCGUCUUCGAGUUCCCUGACACGAGGAUCCUCCCGCGCGCCGCGUCAUUCCCACACCUCCGCGAACUCGGCCUCUGCUGCGUCCAGAUCCUGAGGAGGGAGGACAUGGACUUCAUCCUCGCCAGGAGCCCCGUGCUGGAAAUCCUAUGCAUCCAAGUGAACAUGCUGAUGAAACACCUACUCCUCGUCAGCCGCAGCCUCCGUUGCGUGCAGGUCAUCGAAAGCAUUGAUCUGAGCAUCGCAGUGAAAGACGCCCCGCACCUCGAAAGGCUCAUCAUCUGGGCAGCAACGGUCCGCGAUGGCUUGCCCAGGAGGGUCAAUAUUGGCCAUGCCCCUGCACUAAGCUUGGUUGGCUAUCUGGACCCGGAACGGCACAGCCUAGAGAUCGGCAACACCGUCAUCAAGGCUGGGACAACGGCGAGUCCGAGCACAAUGGUCCCAAGCGUCAAGAUCCUCGGCGUAAGAGUGUGCUUUGGAGUCCGCAACGUUGCGAAGAUGCUGCCCAGCUUCCUCAGAUGCUUUCCCAACGUCGAGAGGCUGCAUCUUGAGUCCAACGAAACUUAUGAGCCCACUGGCAAGCUCAACAACCAGUUCUGGCAGGAGGUUGGCGCUAUCGAAUGCGUGCAGUCACACAUGAAGCUGAUGGUCUUCUACGGCUUCCGAGGGGAGCGGGGCGAGCUUUCCUUCCUCAAGUUCGUCCUGGAGAGCGCACUGGUGUUGACAAAGCUGGUGAUCGUGUUCACCAAGGGGAGCUUCACCUCAAUGGCAGAGGCCAGCUCCAAGGUGAAACCUCUGUUUGCUGCAAAAUGGGCCAGCAAAGACUGCUCACUGGUGCUCUUGGAGAGUGUGUUUCAAGCAGGGGAAGACAAGUGGUUGCUCAACUUCAAAGCAGGGUCUGAUUUCUCUACAGGGGACCCAUUCACGCGCACCGCUGCUCUUCGUGGCUGCAACUUUUAAGGAGAAGCCGGGUGUUUGCGGAAGAUUGAAAAGAGGUUUUGAGUUCUCUACCAGGUGAACGUGAUUCCAGGGAAACAGAUGGUUGGUGCUAUGUUGCAGUCUACGUGCAAGGCACUGUUUUGGGUCUUUGGCUUGUGUGUUUUUUGUCGGAGUUCCUGGUUUUUAUUUGCCUGGCGACCUUAAGAUGUUGAUGCAUAAGACAAGUGUUGCUCAAAUUGCAGUCUUUAUAUGGUCUAUUUAUUUUGCUUUGGCCUGACGUUGGUCAUGUUAGACCUCACUAUUUCUGCUGAUUGUGUCGCUGAAUGCUACUAGCAGACAGAGAUAUAUUCGUGAGCUAUUUCAUGCUUUACUAAUUUCCUUUA